GACGGUAACUACGAGGUGACCAUUAUGACCAAGGCGAUUUUGCACCAUACCGGGAAGGUCGUGUGGAAACCGCCAGCGAUCUAUAAAUCAUUCUGCGAGAUCGACGUGGAGUACUUUCCCUUUGACGAGCAGACCUGCUUCAUGAAGUUUGGUUCGUGGACUUACGACGGAUACACGGUCGACCUGAGGCACCUGCUUCAGACCGAGGAGUCGAACCGCAUCGACGUCGGCAUCGACCUGACCGACUACUACAUUUCCGUCGAGUGGGACAUCAUAAAAGUGCCUGCCGUGAGGAACGAGGCGUUCUACAUAUGCUGCGAGGAGCCCUACCCGGAUAUCGUGUUCAAUAUCACUCUGCGCCGCAAGACCCUCUUCUAUACGGUGAAUCUGAUCAUACCGUGCGUGGGCAUAUCUUUCCUCUCGGUGUUGGUGUUCUACUUGCCCAGUGACAGCGGUGAGAAGGUCUCGCUGUCGAUCUCGAUACUCCUGUCGUUGACGGUGUUCUUCCUGCUGCUGGCCGAGAUCAUACCGCCCACGUCGUUGACGGUGCCGUUGCUUGGCAAGUACCUACUGUUCACGAUGGUACUGGUCACCCUGUCCGUGGUGGUGACGAUCGCCGUUCUGAACGUGAACUUUCGCUCGCCUGUCACCCAUCGUAUGUCCAACUGGGUGAGGGUGGUGUUCAUACAAGUGUUGCCGCGGUUCCUCUUCAUCGAGAGACCGAACAAGGACGACGACGACGAGGACGAGGACGACGGUAGAAACGGCGGCGUCGGUGUCGUCGGCGUGAACGGCGACGGCGAUCCGAUCGACGACGAAGACGAUGACGACGACGACGACAUCGAGGCGACCAACGGGAAACAGAACGAGGGCAUGCUCACCGAUGUGUUCCAUGUACAAGAGACUGAUAAGUACGACGCGUACUACGGCAAGAGGUUCAGCGGAGAGUACGAGAUACCCGCGCACGGGCUGCCACCCUCCGCGACCAGGUACGACCGUGGAGCCGUGGCCACGGUUGGGCCCGUUGCGCCAUGCUUCGAGGAGCCGCUACCCUCGCUGCCACUGCCCGGGGCUGACGACGACCUCUUCGGACCGGCCAGCCCCGCUUACGUCCACGAGGACGUCAGCCCCACCUUCGAGAAGCCGUUGGUUCGCGAGAUCGAGAAGACCGUCGACGACGCCAGGUUCAUCGCUCAGCACGCCAAGAACAAGGACAAGUUCGAGAGCGUGGAGGAGGACUGGAAAUACGUCGCGAUGGUGCUCGACCGGAUCUUCCUCUGGAUAUUCACAGUAGCCUGCGUGGUCGGCACGGUGUUGAUCAUCCUUCAGGCGCCGAGUCUCUACGACACGACGAAGCCGAUCGACAUCAAGUACAGCAAGAUCGCGAAGAAGAAGAUGAUGCUGAUGAACAUGGGCCCCGAGGAGGACUAGUCGACGAUCCCGCGCGGUCCUGCGCCGCGUUCGCAGCGGCAGCUGCCACCGCGUCGUCGUCGACGUCGUCGUCCGCGUCGUCGUCGUCGGCGUCGUCGUCGGCGUCGUCGUCGUCGUCG